UGAAAGCAAAACAGCAGGUGGAGAGCUAAACCCAAGCAGCUCGGGACACAUCGGGAGGAAAUUCAUCAAAGGAAAAUGAAAGUUCUAUCUUUCACAUCUGAAGAGGGACUAGAGAGGCCCGACGCUGGCCGACUGGCUGUUAUUUGAGCGUGGUGGUUGCACAUGAGAGCAGUGUUUGUUUGCAAGGCAGCAGCGAGGUAAGGCAUAAUGGAGGGAAAGGAGCGGGCCAGGGCAGCUAAAGCGAGGCCGAGCCGUCUCACUGCACUUCAGGAGCAGCUGAUCUGGGCCCUGCUGGAAUCUGGACUGUCCCGAGGCGUCCUGGUCCAAGCCAUGGGGGAACUGGAGCGAAACAGGGCGAGUGCUGGCAUCGAGAAGGGAGAGAGGGGGGAUGGAGAGAGCUCAGAGGAGGGAGAAAUGGAUUUCCCACCGCCUAUAUUCCGGGAUCUGGAGAAGCUUCCCCCAGAAGAGGCGUCCAAGCUGAGGGCUGAAGUCGACCGAUUACUGCAGGAGGAUCCGUGGCAUGUUGCAAAAAUGGUGAAAAGCUACAUGCAGCAGCAUAACCUCCCUCAGAGAGAGGUGGUGGAGUCCACAGGCCUCAACCAGUCCCACCUCUCCCAGCACCUCAACAAAGGUACGCCCAUGAAGAACCAAAAGAGAGCGGCCCUGUACACCUGGUACGUCAAGAAGCAGUGCGAGAUCAGCCAGCAAUUCACCAAUGCCAAACAUGGCCUCGCAUCUGUGGAGGAGCAAGGAGAGGACACCAAGAAAGGACGGAGGAACAGGUUCAAGUGGGGUCCGGCGUCUCUGCAGAUCCUCUUCCACGCCUACGAACGACAGAAAAACCCCAGCAAGGAGGAAAGAGAGGGUUUGGUGGAGGACUGCAACAGGGCAGAGUGUCUUCAGAGGGGGGUGUCUCCCUCCCAGCUCGCUGGCCUCGGCUCCAACCUCGUCACUGAGGUGCGAGUUUACAACUGGUUUGCCAACCGGCGCAAGGAGGAGGCCUUCCGCCACAAACUGGCCCUUGAUACGCCUUUCAGCAACCAGUCUGCCCCUUCGUCUAACCCCAACCUUCAACACAGUCCCGAACAUGGUGUGAAAUACAGCCAGCAAAUCUCAUGUGAGGCCGUGAGCUCGGUCAGAGGCGGCGGAGGGGAGAGAGCGGGACGUCUCGUGGUCAGUCCUGUCCAACUGGAGCCUAGCCACACACUCCUCGAGACUCAUAACCCCAAAGCGGCGUCCAGCGGCGGCCCACUACCCCCAGUAAGCACUCUGACCUCCCUACACAGUCUCUCUGCCUCCCCUGCAUCCUCCCAGAGCCUCAUCAUGGCCUCGGUGCCCAGCGUCAUGAGCCUCGGGGAGUCCUCUCUUCUCAUCGGGUUAACAUCCACGCAGCCUCAGACUGUGCCCGUCAUCAACAACAUGGGAGGCGGUUUCACGACUCUCCAGCCAAUCUCAUUCCAGCAGCAGCUUCACGCCUCCAGCCAGCAGCCAAUAUCGCACCAGCUUCAGAGCCACAUGGCUGCCAGUCCCUUCAUGGCAACCAUGGCGCAGCUGCCAUGUCACAUGUACAGCAAGUCGGACUCUCCCCAGUACCAUUCGUCCAGUUUGCUGUCUCAAGCCAUGGUCAUCACUGACAGUAGCAGCCUGGGGACUCUGACCAGCCUCGCUGCCGUCAGACAGAUUCUGACAGCAGAUCCUGAGGAGCACACAGACCCACCUUUACAGGACGAUUCUCUGCACCUGCAGCCGCACACACCUGUGCCAGCUUCGUCUGAGAGCCUAGAGCUGUAUCCUGCCUCUCAGACAACAGACAGUCAUCAGUCUCACCUCCUCUCUCCGUCGCCAACAGACAUCAGCUCCUAUAUUCCUUCACAAAUGGUCUCUACAGCACAGUAAAAGUCUUCAGGCAACCUAAGUAUCGCCCCUCUGUCUACCGGAGAAUGGGGGUGUUUGAAACGGACAGCUACCUCUGGUGCUAAUUCCAACGAUUCAGCUUUGAUGUUUUUCACACAGUCAAACUCCAUACAACUGUAAUCAGAACAAGGACUGAAAUGAGAGAAGAUUUACUCUUGAUACAGCAGAGAAUCAACUGAAAAUCAACACCAAAAUGUAUUUUUAUUGCAAUAAUGUUUUUUAGAUUAUAAAAAUUGUCAAAAGCAUGUUACCUGCAUUAUUAUUAUUGUUUUUUUUUUUACACUCGGUGUCUUGAAAUGCUCUUCUUCACACUUUGAGUGUCCUUUAUAACGAAGUAAAGACAAUUUCAAAUAUAAACAUAAACAAUGA